CAACAUUUUAUGAGGAAUGUAAUAGAAGUUGCUUCCUUUCUCAUUCUAAGUUCUAGCAUUUGUUUAUUACAAUAUAUAUAAGAAUGUCCUUACUUGAAGAAUUAGAGAGCCUACGUAUACCCUUUGGUGAUGUUAGAAAAGCCACUAGAAACUUCACUACACGUAUCGGCAAAGGUGGAUAUGGUUUGGUUUACAAAGGAGAACUCAUACGCUCCGGUGAGCUUACCGUGGUAGCUGUUAAGAGACUAAAGGUUAACAUUUCCGGUCAAGGGUCUAAGGAGUUUUUAACAGAGAUUCAGUUGCUCACUCGUUAUAAACACCGGAACCUCAUCUCUCUUAUUGGUUUUUGCAACCAAGGCAAAGAAAAAAUCUUGAUUUAUGAGCAUGCCGAACAUGGAAGCCUAGACAAAUACUUGACUACUGUAAAAAAUAGGCGUAUACUGACAUGGAAGCGAAGACUUAAUAUUUGCGUCAAUGCAGCCCGUGGUUUGAAUUAUCUUCAUAACGAGAUUGCAGUAAAUGAAAGAGUUAUCCAUAGGGAUAUCAAAAGUGCAAAUGUUUUGUUAGAUCGAAAUUGGAAAGCAAUGAUAUCAGAUCUUGGCCUUUCAAAAUUAGGUCGUGCUAAUGAGAACGACACUUUUCUCAUUACUAAUGCUUCUGGAACACAUGGUUAUUGUGAUCCAGAAUAUAUCAGUUCAGGGAUUCUUACAAAAGAAUCGGAUGUCUAUUCAUUUGGUGUCGUUUUGUUUGAAGUCUUAUGUGGGAGGUUGUGUGUUAUAGAUGUACACAAUGAACACCGGUUUCUACCUCAAUUAGCCCAAAGCUAUUACAGAAAGGGUCAAAUGAAUGAGAUUAUGGAUCAAGAAUUGCAGAACCAGCUUGACUCGGAUUCAUUAAAGAAGUUUUCAAGGAUUGCAUAUAAAUGCAUACGUAAUACUCGUAAGCAACGACCCCCAAUGCGUUGGGUCUUAGAUAAACUUGAGGAACUUGAAAAAUCAGUGGAUUUGCAAAACGAUAGGAAAAGGAAACAACAUUCUUCAUCGAAACCAGCUAACUGUAAAAGCACGAUGAUGUAUGGUGCAGAGGAAACUGGUGGGCUUGCUUCGUCAGUGAACCGGCUGGAUGACUUUAAGCACUUUGGAGAUAUCAGUGCCCUGAGACAUAGUGGAAUCUUUUCUGAUAGAGAUAGCCACAGAGAACAAGGUUUUUCUAUCGGUGAGGUUGGACGGAUACAGACAAGAAGUAUGGUCACAUGCUGCCAUUUUUCUUCCGACGGGAAGUUGCUGGCUAGUGCGGGCCUUGACAAAAAGGCUGUUUUGUGGAACAUGGAUACCUUUGAAACUAAGAGCACCCCUGAAGAACAUAAAUAUCUAGUUACUGAUGUUCGCUUUCGGCCAAAUUCAACUCAGCUGGCAACUGCAUCCUUUGAUAAGUCUGUACGGAUAUGGGAUGCAACUAAUCCAAGCUAUUGUUUGCAGGCAUAUACUGGGCAUACGGCACAUGUUAUGUCGCUAGAUUUUCAUCCCACGAAGGACGACCUUUUCUGUUUUUGUGAUAACAACAAUGAAAUCCAGUAUUGGAAUCUUGACCCUUUCCAGUGCACUCGUAUCUCUAAGCAAGGAGGGAGGGCACAAGUUCGAUUCCAGCCAGUUACUGGAAAUCUACUGGCGGCCGCAUCUGACAAAAUUGUCUCCAUUUUUGAUGUUAUAAACGAUAGGCAAAUACAUUCCUUUCAGGCACAUGCAGGUGUGGUAAACUACAUGUGCUGGGACUUAUACGGUGACUAUCUAGCUUCUGUUAGCAAGGAAUCUGUGAAAGUGUGGUCAUUAGCUUCUGGGGAAUGCAUUCAUGAGCUCGCUUCUAAUGGAAACCAGUUCCACUCUUGUGUUUUCCAUCCAAGCGAUUCUACUCUUCUGGUUAUUGGUGGCCAUCGUGGCUUGGAGUCUAGGAACUUGAUUGGAGCGGGUAGAUGUGAUGAUGAUGGACUAUAUCGAAUGGGGGAAGUUAAGCUAAGCAGAAAGAUGAUGAUGACAACAACUGAAACGUGGCAUAGACAUUUAGGGCAUGCAUCUUGUGAAAAACUUUGUCAUAUUGAUUUUCUUAAUAAAGGUGAAGUUAUUUCAAAGUAUGAUCAGUUUUGUGAUUCAUGUGCAAAGGCUAAACAUACUAGACUGCCAUUUCCUAACAGUUACAUCAAAACUAAAAAUUAUUUUGAUCUCAUCCAUUGUGACAUAUGGGGCAAAUAUAGAACCUAUUCCACAUGCCAAGCCAGUUACUUCUUAACGAUUGUAGAUGAUUUUAGUAGGGCUACAUAG